GUAGUUCGUGUUUCAUUUUUUUUGGUUUUCUUCCUUCUCACACUUCUUCUCUGCACCCAACCAAACUCUCUCUCUCUCUCUCUCUACCUCUCCCUCGCUCCUUCUUCCGGUGUUCAGGGGAUCGCGUCGGCGGCGGUUCCCUACCCUGUUUGCCCCCCCGCCUUUCAAUUCGACUAUCUCGCUUUCGCUUUUCUGAUUCCCUCUUUGAAAAUGCUUCCCGUCGCUUGCUAGGGUUUCCCAACUGUCAAAUCCGCUUCCCCGAAAGCACCCUGUACCUUUUCUUUCUGCGAUUAAUCAACUUCGUAGUUAUGGCGAUUCGAGUUACCUUCUCCUUCUCUGGCUACGUAGCCCAGAAUCUCGUCUCCUCCGCCGGCGUCCGCGUCGCCAAUUCGCGAUGCGUCCAAGAAUGCUGGAUCCGCACGCGCCUCUUCGGCGCCACCCAGAAAACGGAACUAGAUUCUUCCGCCGGCGGAGUCCGAAAUUUCUCCAGGUCCAACUGUUGGGCCCAGUCCACUUACUCCACCCUCGCCGGUGAGUUUCUCGGCGACGGCUGCAAGAGUCCAAUCAUCUUGGGCCUGAUUUCAAUUAUGAAGUCAACGGCGGGUGUGUCUGGGUCAUCCGCGGCGGCUGCGGGUAUUUUCGGUAUUUCUCCCUUCAAAACAAAUUCCAUUAUUCCCUUCUUGCCCGGUUCGAAGUGGCUUCCUUGCAACGAGUCCAUUCCCGACCCCACCACGUGGGAGGUCGAUAAAGGUGGCACGAAACACACCGUUCCGAGUGAUGUUCCCGGUUUUGGAAAGACUAGUUGGCUUUCGCGGCUUUUGAACGUGUCUUCUGAAGAUGCGAAGGCUGCGUUCACUGCCAUUACCGUCAGUUUGCUGUUUAAAUCGUCUUUGGCUGAACCUAGAUCCAUUCCCUCCGCUUCUAUGUAUCCUACUCUUGAAGUGGGUGACCGCGUUUUAACCGAGAAGGUUUCGUUCCUCUUCAGGAAGCCUGAUGUUUCGGAUAUAGUGAUUUUUAAAGCGCCUCCCUGUUUGGAGGAGUAUGGUUUUACUUCGUCUGAUGUAUUUAUAAAGAGGAUUGUGGCUAAGGCAGGGGAUUGUGUUGAGGUUCGAGAUGGGAAACUACUGGUAAAUGGUGUGGCUGAAGAACAGGAAUUUCUAUUAGAACCUCUAGCUUAUGAGAUGGAUCCAAUGGUUGUGCCAGAAGGAUAUGUGUUUGUAAUGGGAGAUAAUCGGAAUAACAGCCUUGAUUCUCACAACUGGGGCCCCCUCCCAAUCGAGAACAUUGUUGGUAGAUCCAUGUUUAGGUACUGGCCUCCACCCAAGGUGUCUGACUCUGACACCCUUCGUAAACUGCCUCCUAGGAACAAAUCUGUGGCAAUUUCUUGACAUGAAUCCAGCUGCUUUCUGAUCUGAGGGUGAUGAAGGUUUCCAGAUACUUUCAUAUGUUCUAAAUUGAUAGCUUCUCCUGUUUUUGCCCAGGAUUGAGCUUUCAAUUCAAAGAUUCUCUAAGAAGAGCCUGCGUGAGCUAGCUCUGCAUACAGUUUGGGAUGAAUAUCUUAUUCGUUGAUACAAAUUUGUCAAUGACCUAAUAAUACCAUUAUGCGUUCUUUAUGCCAUCCAAGUCAAAUGUGUUUCUCUUUGCUGAAGUACGGGGGAGAAAAAAAAAGAAUUACAAAUGCAUGGUAUGAUUUUACCCCAUAUAAUUUAACAUGAUGAUUGAUUUGUUUUGUAUUCUUUCAUGUAUGUAUACUAUCUGAAAGCUAGAAUCUCGAGGUUAGAUUUGUCAUUGAGCUACUUGGGCUCCUUGUUAGUUUCAUAAUCAAGCCUCCUCGUAAUUUGAUUCUGUAACGCCAUUCAGUCGUACAUGAAAUUGUAUUGCACAAUUAUGGUUGCCUAUUUUAAAAUCAAGUAACAGUGCAAUUUCGAAUUCUUUCCA